AUGAAGGUCGGCUCCGAGUACGCUCAGCACCUAAGGCCGGGGCUGAUGCAAACUUUCAACGUGGGCCGCCUCGCGCUCGCUUCGCGGGCUGUUGGCUCUACGUGGAGUCGGUCAGUGGAAAAAGGGACUGGAUUUCCAGAACAAUGCCCGAGUCUGAAUCCUGCAAGUCUCCCUUCAGCUCAAGGCCUCCUGUCGGGAAGGAGGCUGAAGAAGACCCGCAAGUAUGACAUCAUUACCACCCCGGCCGAGCGGGUGGAAAUGGCACCGUUGAAUGAGGAGGACGACGAGGACGAGGACUCCACAGUGUUCGACAUCAAGUACAGGAAACAGUACAUUUAAAUCGGAUGUGGCUGGAUCGUAACCUUGGGUCAUUUCAUGAGUAAAACCUGUUUUCCAGUGUGUUGGCAUCCUGUGGAAAGUUGGUCAGCUGUGCCUGGGUGUGAAGGAUCUGGAAGCAUUUUGUCUGAGGUGUUGAAGCCAAAACAAACAUUAUUUAUGAAACUCUGGCACAUUUGUGUGUGUUGAACGACUGCUCAGAAUAUCACCGCAGAAUCAUCUCUACCACCCUCUGGACAUCCCUUUAAAAUGUUACCUUUUCUUCCUCCUCACGAGGGCUUUUGCCCUGCUAAGGAGCAAAGGGUAGAAACAUAUUGAAUGAAAAAAUAUUAAUUUGGAAGCAACUAUUGACAAAAGUAAAGAGAUCAGAAGUUAUCAAGAACCCCAAAGAGCCUGAAGAAUAAUUAUCUGCGUAUCUAGGAUUUCCGACAUUCUGCUCUCCUGGAUCUAUGGCAUUCUAGAUGUGUAACCCUUUGGUAGUCUUUUGGGAUUGGUCGGUCUGGCCUUGUGAUGGGAAUGGCUGUGUGAAAGUUCAAAGUGAAAAUGCUCAGAGCUGGUCAGCCAUAGCAGAAGUGCACACAUUUGUGGUUCCUUUUCUUUUUUAAAAAAGGGUUCAAGAGAAUUAGGCAUGGCUAGUUCACAGAGGCUUUUGACUAUCAGGGAAAAAUCUAUGUGUGUAUGUAGGUACAUAUAAAAUAACAUCUCUGAAGGAAAAAGGCAGCCUUUGGUUAGUAACAUCCUCCGUGUGUUUCUCUGCCCUGUCAUGGUUCUUACAUUGUUGGUCUUAGAAAUCUAAUUUUAAAAUAUCACUGUGGUAAUUUAAAUGAAUAGUGAUUAGGUUGGGUGAAAAAGCUCACUGUCAGGGAGUGUAUUUGAACUUGGUCUCGGCCAGGCUGGACUAGAAACCCACUGAACCCAGGAGGUACCCCAGGUAAGGGUCAGGGGUUUGAGUGGCUUCUGGAAGCAAGGACUUGGGUCGACUUCUCAGGUUGAUAGAGGCUCCCGUUGCACUGUUUCCCCAGGGUGGAUGCUUUUGCUAAAAUCAACUGGCAGUGCCUUUGGGGCCCUGGGACUCUGUUCUCUCUGGAAAGGUGUUUUGUACAUUUAAAAAAAAAAUCUCUUCUUUUCUAGCUUUCUGCAGGGUUUGUGUAUUUGCCUGUUAAUUGUCUGCACCAUUGAUUUGGAUGUAAACUUUAGCCUUUCUCAGCUCACCCCUUUUUCAGAUUCUUCAGUUUCCUGAGAAGGUCUGCCAGAGCUGCAGGGUCCCCUGGUGCCCGAGGCCCCCUGGGCAUGGUGCUCUGUGGCCCUGGCCUAUAAGGAAGGCACAUUGGCCUCUGCAGGAAAGAGGGGGACCCUGAGGAGACCACUAUGAGAAGAGCACUCGCUGUGUGGACCGCACAAGGCAUGCCUGCUUCUUCCUGAUUUCACUUCCUUUGUGGACUUUCCUUUUUCUUUUUUCUGCCCCGUUUGCCAGAGAGGUGGGGCUGCUUUAUCUCUCUCCACCGCAGUGACUUCAUGGGCCAGACUCAUGACUAAAUGGAACCGGCCACCUAGCAGCUGUGCGCCCUCUGAACCUUUGAACUGGAACUGCCGCUCACACUUGCCUUUUCCACAAACGCCACAGAAUGAUCUGUGGAAAAGCUGGUUCCUCUGCCUUACACGUGAAGAGCGGCUCAGGCUGCCAGGUGCUCACCGCCAGGCCUGGCGGAAGCAAUGGAGAAUGACCUUCCAAAUUUUGGAGCUUCAACACUACAGGCUUUUAAAUAAAACAAACAAAACAACAACAAAAACCCUUCAGCGUGAACCAUAUGUGCAUCGGUUUAGAUGUUUUCGAGAUGGAGGGGGGCACAAGGCUGGAGGGGGACGUGGGGCCCGGUGGGAAAUGCCUGGACCUGGUGGUUUAGAGAAAAAGCUGAGAAAUGAAAUGGCCCUUGGGGGGCGGGGAGACAAGCUAUUAUUCUGUAUACAUUCUUAGGCUCAUCUAAAUCAUUUCCUGAGAGCUGCCUCUUUGCUUAGUAAAUAUUGAACCCUCACUGCUUUAGGAGAAUCUUGGGGUAUCUCCAAAGAAUAGAAAACCAGUUGUGUGAAAAACUGCUAAUUACUGGUUUGUGGUUAUCAUGAGGUUUACAUGUAUCAUUCUUUAUAGCACUCUAUUUUAAGCUGAUUGACACUUAAGUUCAAAUAUGUUCUCUAAGGACUACAUUUUUACUCUCCCAUACAUGCUUAAUGUUAUUGAUGUCGUAUUUUAUAUCUCUUUGUGUUUUAUAUCUCCUAACUACUUAUUGUAGUUUGAGUUGAGUUUGAUACUGUUUUCUUUUAAACUUUGUAGUAGCUUC